AUGGAUGUGAGGCCACUCAUCAAAAGUCUCAAAGGAAAGUUCAAAGCUACUGUUGCGGAAGAGACAGGCCUACUUGCCGCAGACAAGCAAAUUGUCCCAUUCAAAGGCAAGUUGAAGACUUACAACCCCAAGAAGCCUAACAAAUGGGGCUAUAAAAUCUAUGUUCUGGCAAGUGCUCAAGGCCUGAUCCUCUACAAGGAAUUCUCCACUGGACAAAUUGACCCCAUGGAAGGCCAGCCAGACCUAAAAGCCUCAGGAAACAUUGUGCUGCCACUGCUCCAGCCAAUCCCUCAUGGCCAGUGGCAUAAACCGUUCACAGACAAUUGGUUCACCUCACCCGCCCUCUUCACCACUCUUCACAGCCAACAUACUGGUUGUGAGGGCAUGGUUCGUGCCAAUAGGCUGCUAGGAUGUGCUCUACCAUAA